AUGAAUCUCAAACUCAGGGAAAAAAGGGGAUUUAAUUCUCAGUCAAAGAGAUUUCAGUAUAACCAAAAUGAAACCCCAGGCCCAGGAUUCUAUAGUGUCACUCAUCAGUCUGCAGAGAUCAACAGCACCUCAUUGUCAAAGAAAGGAACCGCAUACUUCCCUUCACUGGUUCCACGCACUGCAUGCAAGAAAAUCUCCAACUAUCCAGCUGCGAAUGCCUACAAGAUCCUGUCAUGUUUUCAGCCCAAGCAAGACUUCAGCAAGGAAAACCCUAGCAUGUUUCAACACCCCAUUGCUAGCAUGUCAGCAUUGCAGCCAUUUCCUAGUGAGCUGUCCCCUUUUAAACUGCACUUUAAUGCAAGAUACAUCCACUUUGUGACCUCUAUGGAUUUCUGCAAGCAAAGCAACAACGUUUCUGGCCAGACAGUGUUUAUGUCCAAAACCACAAGAGGAUUAAAUUUGGAAAAAUUUGGAAAACGGCCUUCUCCAUGUCACUACGACAUCAACGAUUCCCUCAUCAAGGUGUCUCCCAAGGGUAUAACAUCCUGCUUCAAGUCAAAGACCUCCCGCCUAACAAGGAUGUACGGAUUUACUCCAGAGCCUGCAACCGAAUUCUGCUUGACUCUCUCUGAUCCAGCCAUCCCACCUUGUAAAGAUCCUCCUUCGCCUGGGCCCGGGCAAUACAACCCUGUGGAUUACAAAGGGUCUCCAAAGCAGGACUGCUCAAAGCAGACUGCGUUUGUCUCAAACACAGGGCGAUGGACAGAGCGCAGAUAACAGGAAGCGUUCCCUGGUCCAGGUAAAAAUAAGAAUCGUUCUGAAGUACUUCUCACUACUACAGAUAGCAAAACACAAAUGUGACCAAACAGCGCUAUUGCCCACUCAACAGGAAAAAAAAUGAAGCACAGAAAUUAGGAGAGCUCACCCACAAAGGCAUGUGGACACCUGAAGACACACACCGUUUCUGAGAGGCACUUAACU